AUGCUACAACGACCUCAGGGUCGAGGAACCGGUCGUGGUGGACGUGGUGGACGUGGUCAGGGGACUUCGAACCGCAAGAAGCUUGCUCUCGCCGUUGCCCUCCUUCUCAUCCCUUGGGCCCAGGUCGCUUCCGCCGAUUCUGGUUCUGUCCGCCAGCAGCCAGAUUCCGUCCGUACCGCUGCCAACGAGCUUCACCACCACCAUGCCGUCGACACCCCCCGCUACGAUGAUGCCUCCGUUCCUGCCAUCGAGGUGGCUCCCGACAGCCCCGACGACGACGACCACGAAGGAAGGACGAGAUGGCCUCCUUCCCACUAUCCCAAGCAGCAUCAGCAGCAUGCUCCCCCUCAGGACCACCACCGAGGCCCUCACACUAUAGACAAGAACCUUCUCAGUGACAACAGCCAUCACCAUACCACCACCAACAUCAACCACAACAACAACAACAACAACAACAACAUCAACAACAUCAACAUCAAUAGAAAGACCAUUCCUAACGAUGCGAGCGCCCUCGCAACUUUGGCUCCGGCACAGCCCGUCAGAGCACCACAUCCCCAGAAGCGCCAGUGGCCCAAGAGCGUCAGCACCUCGGGCCUCGCGUCCUCGCAAGUAGAGCGGAACCUGGAGGAUUGGGAAGUAGAAGACUUUGUUCUUCUGGCGACCAUCGAUGGAGACCUGUACGCCAGCAACAGGCGGACCGGCAAGGAGCUGUGGCACCUCGAGGUCGAUCAGCCAAUGAUCGAGACUCGUCACCACCGCGCGAACAGUUCCAUCCUCGACGACGAUUACGAGGCCAUCGACCACUACAUCUGGGCCGUCGAGCCCGUCCGCGACGGAGCCAUCUACGUGUGGAUCCCAGACUCCGGCAUCGGGCUAGCUCGCACCGGCUUCACCAUGAAGCGUAUCGUGGAGGACCUGGCGCCCUUUGCCGACGAGGACCCCCCCGUCGUCUACACGGGUGACAAGAAGACGACCCUCAUCACCCUCGACGCCGCCACUGGCCGCGUCCUCAAGUGGUUCGGCUCCGGCGGAUCCCACAUCAACCAGGAGGAGAGCUGCCUGCGACCCUCGGCCCUCUACAACAUGGACGCCCCGACGGAGUGUAGCUCCACCGGCACCAUCACCCUGGGUCGCACCGAGUACACCGUCGGCAUCCAGCGCCGCGACGGCCGUCCCAUCGCCACGCUCAAGUUUGCCGAGUGGGUCCCCAACAACUACGACAACGACCUCCAGCAGCAGUAUCACACCACUCUCGACAGCCGCUACAUCACGAGCCAGCACGACGGUAAGGUAUACGCCUUUGACUACAACGAGGCCCGCAAGGCUUCCCCCAGGUUCAGGCAGACCUUUUCCGCGCCCGUGGCCCGCGUCUUCGACGUCUGCCGUCCCUGGGACGCUCCAUCGGACAGUAACCCUGAGCUCGUACUCCUCCCCCAGCCUCCCAUGCCCACCCAUGACGAGGACGUCGCCCGUAUGCGCAGCAACAGCAUCUUCCUUAACUGCACCGCCUCGGGCAGCUGGUACGCCAUGUCUGGCCGCUCCUACCCGCUCAUCAUCGACGCACCCACCGCCCAGGCCUGCCUCCCGGACUGGCCUGAGAGUGCCUACUCGCGAGAGUAUGUCGGCUGGGGCUCCCUCCGCAAGUCUCUCGUGGGGACCCACCUGCUCGACUCGCCCAUGCUUAAUGGUGCCAGACGCCAGCGUACAGGCGUUCCGACUAUAGACGACGGCACGGCUGGAGAUGUGCAAGAUGAUCACCCUUACCUGCCCAUCAUCGCCCCGGAGGACGAGUUGGGCGGCAUCGUCGAAAAGGUCAAAUCCCUACCCCAGUCGGCGGCAAACAGCAUCCUUGACUUUAUCAGCAACCCCACUCUCAUCAUCGUCUUCAUCGUCAUGCUUGUCGUCAACGAGAACAAGCUUCGUCGAUCCUACCAGCGGUUCAGGGCAAAGGAUUUCAUGGAAAAGUUCCUCAUCCACCCGCUCAAGGACGAGGCCCCUCCCAAGAAGUCCGACGAGUUGGACGACAAGGGCAACACCACACCCGGGUACACGGCCGGGCACAAUGAUGAGGCCAAGGCCAAGAAGAAGGAGACUGCUCUAGAUGACCUUGAAGAGCGGGGUCAAGAGAAGGAGCAAGUGGUGUUGCCGCCAAAGACUGCACCACCCCAGCCGGAAACAGACAGGGAGACUUCCGUCGAUGUCGACCCCAACGCCAUCUCGCCCGAGAAGAAGAAGAAGGCCCAUCGCGGCCGUCGGGGCGGCGUCAAGCACCGCAAGGGCGGCAAGAUGCGCGACCCAAACUCCACCUCGCAGGGUGACGAGACCACAGCCAAGCCCGUCGACGAUGCCGUCACCAACGUGAUGCGGUACGGCGGGGAGCCGACGACCAAGCGGCCUGGCAUGGAGCCCAACAUCAUGACGGUGCAGCCGAGUGACAUGCAGGCUGUUGGCGGGCCCAUCGUCCGCAUGGGCAAUAUCGAGGUCGACACUGAUGUGCAGCUCGGCAGCGGGAGUAACGGUACCCUCGUGUUUGCCGGAAAAUUUGACGGGCGUGAGGUGGCGGUCAAGCGGAUGCUGAUCCACUUCUACGACAUUGCUUCGCAGGAGACCAAGUUGCUUCGCGAGAGUGACGACCAUCCCAAUGUCAUCCGAUACUACUCCCAGCAAGCCCAGGACGGCUUCCUGUACAUUGCCCUGGAGCGGUGCGCCGCAUCGCUAGCCGAGGAGCAGCGAGACCCGCCCUCCGCCGCGCUGUGUUGCCUCGAGGACAAGUCUCGCAAGAUCAUCCCCGGCGGCGACUUCCUCAAAAGCCUGCCUCGGGAGUUUGUUGACUCCCUGGGCAAGCAGCGCAAGUACACUGGCAACCGCACGCUGGACCUCCUCCGCGCCCUGAGGAACAAGAGGAACCACUACGAGGACAUGACGGACAGUCUCAAACGGACUGUGGGCGCCCUACCCGAGGGGUACCUCGCCUUUUGGACAUUUAGGUUCCCAGAGCUACUGCUCGAGUGUUGGAAUGUCGUCUGGGAUGUCGGGUGGGAUACGUCGGACAGGUUCAAGGAGUAUUAUAGUCCUGCUGGGUUGUAA